GGAAAGAUGUAGCUGCACGGCAUGUCAAAACAACCCACCCGGAAGAAGAUGAAACCACAUCAAUACAAACUGAAGUUUUUUCACCAAGAACAACAGCAGAGAAACCCAAAAAAUGGAAACCACCAUUUGAAGCCAAACCUGCCCCCCUAGAUGACUUAUCCAACGUCAAGUUUAGGGUAGUUGCAGCAAACAACUUAUACGGGAAUCCUGAGAAGAAAUCGUCAACAACAACCCAAAAUCCAGAACCCCGCUACUCACAUGUUGACAACAAAACACUGGAAGAAGACCUAUACCUAUCCUCUGAUGACGAAAGUGUGGAAAACUUUCAGAACUCUCACGAUUCAAUUUUAAAUUACGCAACUGAACAAACAUUACAUGAGAACACUAAUGUUAACUCUAGUUUAGAUGAAACCUUUUGCCAAGAUGAAAUUCAAAAUUUUGAAAUUUGCCAAAAUGCCCAAGUCCACUCUGUCUAUGGCAUUUUCCAAUCCACCACAAACAUUUACUCUUGCUACUCUUUGUCGUUGUAUUGAUGAUUAUCUAUGACGUCAUGAUCCGCAAACACUUACCUCAGUAAUUAUUGUAUUGUACAAAAUUGUCCUAAUGACGGCCGCCU